GGGAGGGCCGGGCCCGGCGGAGCGGCGGCGGCGGCGGCGGGAUGCUGGCGCGGGCGGGGCGCGAGGCCGGACGGGGCCUGCUGCAGCGCUCCCAACAGCUGAAGCGCGCAGCGUGGCUGGCGCCGGUGCCGCGGCGCUGGAACUCGGGCCUGCCCGUGAACAUCGGGGUGCUCUUCGUGCCGCAGCAGGAGGCUUGGGUGGUGGAGAGGAUGGGCAAGUUCCACCGAAUCCUCGAGCCUGGUUUGAACUUUCUCAUCCCUUUGCUGGAUCGGAUUCGUUACGUGCAAAGUCUUAAGGAAAUCGUCAUUAACGUCCCAGAGCAGUCUGCAGUUACUCUGGAUAACGUCACCCUGCAGAUUGACGGCGUCCUCUAUCUGCGGGUCAUGGACCCGUACAAGGCCAGUUAUGGGGUGGAGGAUCCUGAGUAUGCAGUGACCCAGCUGGCCCAGACUACCAUGAGAUCCGAACUGGGCAAACUCUCCCUCGACAGAGUCUUCCGGGAGCGUGAGUCCCUCAACGCCAGCAUUGUGGAUGCUAUCAACCAGGCCUCAGACUACUGGGGCAUCCGGUGCCUACGCUACGAGAUUAAGGACAUCCAUGUGCCCCCACGCGUGAAGGAGUCCAUGCAGAUGCAGGUGGAGGCGGAGCGACGGAAGCGAGCGACGGUGCUGGAGUCGGAGGGGACCCGGGAAUCUGCUAUCAAUGUGGCUGAGGGGCAGAAGCAGGCCCAGAUCCUGGCAUCAGAAGCUGAAAAGGCUGAACAGAUCAACAAAGCUGCUGGAGAAGCCAACGCCAUGCUGGUCAAGGCCAGGGCCAAGGCUGAGGCUAUUCAGCUCCUGGCGGCUGCUCUGGCGCAGCAGCAUGGCAACGCAGCUGCCUCUCUCUCCGUGGCUGAGCAGUACGUGAGCGCCUUCUCCAAGCUUGCCAAAGACUCCAACACAGUCCUGCUGCCAGCCAACACUGGCGACGUCACCAACAUGGUCGCGCAGGCCCUGGGCAUCUACAGCACACUGACCAAGCCACAAGCUGUGAAGACACAGGAUGAGAUACCUCCAGCCCACAAGGAUCUCCAGCCCCCCAGCACGGAGGUGCUUAAGGUGGAACAGGCAAAAUCCAGCUAGCAGGGCUGGAAGGACACUGGACAUAUUGCUGUGGCAGCACACCAAGGGAGGGGGAUCUGAGCCCAGGGCCUGCCAGGCUACAGGAGAUCCUGUCCUGCUGCUGCCUUCCCCAGUCAGACACUUUUCUUCCUCUUUUGGUUCUUAUUUUGUAUUUGGAUUUAAUCAUGUAAUAAAGGAAAAGGUACUGGUGCUGCA